GUAAAUGUUUUGUUUUCUAAUUUGUGUAGGAAGCUCCACAGCCCCACCAACAUCCUCUUGCUUUCUCUGGCUGUUUCUGAUUGCAUGGUGGGAUUCCUCAUUUUAUUUCAAAUCAUGCUGAUAGAAGGCUGCUGGUAUCUUGGGGACAUCAUGUGUGCCCUCUACUUUGUUUCAGAUUAUGCAAUUACUUCUGCCUCAGUUGGAACCAUGGUGCUUAUUUCUGUUGAUCGUUACAUGGCCAUUUGUUACCCCUUAAGUUACCCCAGCAAAGUCACUGCAGAAAGAACUAAGCUUUUUGCCAUGAUUUGUUGGAUUUCCUCUGUUCUUUUUCACAGUCUACUGCUGAAAAAAAAUCUGCAACAACCAGGCAGAUACAACUCCUGCUCUGGAGAGUGUGUAGUUGGUGUUGAUUAUAUUGGAGGAAUAUUUGAUCUUUUGUUAUCCUUCAUUGGUCCUGUCACUGUGAUCAUUAUUCUUUAUGUGAGAGUGUUUGGAGUAGUUGUGUCUCAGGCUCGAGCCAUGCAGUCACAUGUUGCAGUAGUUUCACUUCAGGAUUCAGGGAGAGCCACAGCUAGGAAAUCUGAAAUGAAGGCAGCUGUUGUCCUUGGGAUUGUUGUAGUUGUGUUUCUAAUAUGCACCUGCCCAUAUUAUUGUGUUACCCUAAUGGCUGAAGAUGAUGGGGUCAGUGCUUCAUCUCUGGCCUUUCUUCUGUUCUAUUUUAAUUCCACCCUAAACCCUCUAAUCUAUGCAGUAUUUUACCCCUGGUUUAGGAAAUCUGUUAAACUAAUACUUACACUGCAGAUCCUAAAGCAUGGUUCAUGUGACACCAACCUAUUUUGA